CAGAGACGAAGACAAAUCUAAGUUCCGAGGGAAAGAAACAGAUAGAACAAAGGUCAUGGAAUUUUAAGAAUGCCCAAGGAAGACGAAGAUAAGGGCUGCGCCGCGUCCCAGAGGCCAGCACGUAGGUCCGAGCGCGAGCUUGCCAUCUCAUGCAUGAUAAACACAGAAGUAAGCUUGGUCCUGGCGGUUAUGCGCCGGCCCCUGGACCAUGCCUCCCCUCAAUUCCUUCCCACCGAAGAGCCCCCAGAGAGUCCCCUUAUCCAAUCUUUGAAGGCCCUUCGCUCAUUCCUCUUCGCCCCCAAUGAUGAUUGGGCCUUUGUAGAUCCCACGCUCUUUCUCUCCCCUUUUCUUGAUGUCAUCCAGGCCGAUGAUGUCGCUGCACCGGCCACUGGUACUGCUCUCUCAGCUGUGCUCAAGGUGUUACGCAUGGAGAUCUUCGAUGGAAGAACGCCUACGGCGGCCGAGGCAAUGAAGGCGGUGGUGGAGGCCGUUGCUAAUUGCCGGCUUGAGCGCACGGACGCCGGGUUGGAGGAUGCAGUCCUGGUUCGGAUACAGCAGGUGUUGUUGGCGUGUGUGCGGUGCAAGGCGGGAACGUUGUUGGACGACCGGGUAGUGUGUGUGGCUUUCAACACGUGCUUCCAAGUGGUGCAACAGGCAACUGGGCGUGGAGACCUACUGCACCGACAAGCCCGGCACGCCAUGCACGAGCUCGUCCAGGUCAUCUUCAUGCGUUUACCUGAGCUCGAAGGCACAGACGAUGAUAGAGAAGACCUUGAUUCACAGUGUGAAGACUCCUCUUCUUCCUCCCAUCCUUCUUCAGGCUAUGGAAUUGCAUGCAUGGUAGAUAUAUUCUAUUUCCUAUGCACACUCCUUAACUUAGUUGAUUCUUCAGAUGGAGAAAUGAGUGGUGGAGGUUUUGAUGAAGACAUGCAACUUUUUAUUUUGAUUCUAAUAAACUCAGCCAUUGAAUUGGGUGGUGAAGGAAUUGGAAAGCACCCAAGGCUCCUUAAGAUAGUGCAAGAUGAUCUUCUCCACCAUCUGAUACAUUACGGACCACGAAGCUCCCCUAUAGUUCUCUCUAUAAUCUGCAGCACUGUCUUAAACCUAUACCACCACCUUCGUUGCUCUUUGAAGCUCCAACUUGAGGCCUUCUUUGUGCAUGUUUUGCUAAGAAUCAUAGCCUCCAAUGUGAAGUUUGCUCCCUCAUUUCAAAAGCAACAACAACAAGAAGUAGCCAUUGAAGGUCUGAUAAGCUUUUGUAGGCUACCCCAAUUCGCAAUGGAGAUGUAUACAAAUUUUGAUUGUGAUCCCAUGUGUCAAAAUGUGUUUGAGCAAAUUGGGAACUUGCUUUGCAAGCAUGCUUUUCCGGUUAACUCUCCGAUGACUAGUCUGCAAGUGCAAUCACUGGAAGGCCUUGUGGUCAUAAUCCAAAACAUCACGGAUUGUGUUCUAGAUGAACAAAGCAAUGAAGAAGAUAAUAUUCCUGUCGAAAUUACAUCCUACAAGACUCUAUGGACAGUUCAAUGCGACGAUUAUGAGGAUUCCCAAAAGUGGGUGAAAUUUCUAAGGGAAAGGAAGUGGUUUAAGAAGAAGUUGGCCAUUGCCGGAGACCAUUUUAAUAGGGAUCAAAAGAAAGGAAUGUAUUUCCUUAGGGCUAAUCACUUAGUACCAGAGGAACCAGACCCUCAAAGUGUAGGUCACUUCUUGAGGUACACAAUGGGUCUUGAUAAGACACUAAUUGGAGAUUUUCUUGGAGAUCCUGAUGAGUUCAAUAUACAAGUCUUAAAGGAAUUGACAUCGACUUUCGAUUUUUCAAGCGUGAUUCUUGAUAUAGCAUUGAGAACAUAUUUAGAGACUUUUCGAUUACCAGGAGAGUCUCAGAAGAUACAAAGAAUCUUGGAGGCCUUUGCUGAGAAGUUCUAUAGUGAUCAGGAGACCGAAAUGUUUGCUGACAAAGAUGCAGUUUUUGUACUAUGCUACUCACUAAUCAUGCUCAACACAGACCAACAUAAUGCUCAGGUGAAGAAGAAGAUGACUGAGGAAGAAUUCAUUCGCAAUAAUCGGUGCAUAAACGCCGGAAAUGAUCUUCCUCGAGAAUACCUAUCCGAGCUUUAUCAUUCUAUAGGCAACAAUGAGAUAACCCUCUCCUCUACAAAUGAUCACGUGUCUCCAGAAAAAGUACCUAGCAAAUGGACUACACUAACCAAGACAUCAAUUAGUAAAAUGGAGCCAUACGCCAUUUGGAAAGGUGGACCACAACUCGGUCGCGAAAUGUUUGCUGCAAUUUCAGGCCCCUCAAUUGCUGCAAUUUCAGCAUCUUUUGAGCAUGCAGAUGAUGAGGAAAUCAUUCGCAUUUGUAUUGAGGGUUUCUCAGCCAUUGCUAAGAUGGCAAAUUAUAGAUUAGAAGAUGCAUUAGAUGAGUUAUUAACAUCUCUAUGUAAGUUUACAACAUUACUCAGCCCCUACACAUCAGUAGAAGAUACAAUAUAUGCAUUUGCCGAUGACCCAAAGCCCCGAGUCGCUGUCAUAACAGUGUUUGCAAUAGCAAAUCAAUAUGGUAAUUCCAUUAGAAGUGGGUGGCGAAACAUAGUUGAAUGUUUGUUGAAAUUGAAUAAGUUAAAGCUUUUGCCUCAGUCCAUAGUGGAUAACCACAAUGACGAGGAUGAAGAAGGUGAGAAUGAAGGAACACAAGGAAAUUCAGCUGCAAAUUUUGGAAAAUCAGAAGCAGGGGUCAUUUUCCCUUCUCACUUGCAUCAUGUGUUAUCAAGGCGCAACUCUGGUUUGAUGGGGAGGUUCACGCAGUUCCUAUCACUUGACACAUGUGCCGAGGACAUGAGGACAUCUCAAGUAGGCAAUGAAUUUGAGAGGAACCUACAGGUUAUCCAACAAUGCAGCAUAGACACCAUCUUCACAAGAAGUGGAUCUCUCAACAUAGACUCCCUAGAGAACUUGGCCAAAGCCCUAGUAAUAGCAGCUGGUCGAGCCCAAAAGUAUAGUAGCACCCUAAGCGAGGAGGAAGAUGCAGUGUCCCUAUGCAUUGAGCUCCUAGUAGCAAUUUCCUUCAACUGCUUCGUAGAGAAGACACUAUUAGGUCUUCUUCGUAUAUGCCGAAGAAUAAUGGCUCAACGACCAGAGAAACUUGCCGAAGAGUUAAUAUUUAGAUCGAUACAGUUUACAUGGAAGCUAGAUGCUGGGAAGAUAUUAGAAACAGGAUGUGAGCCAUUUGUCAGGAUGGUUAGUAGGAUAUUGAUACAAAAUGCUGAGAGUAUACAUACUCAUGUAGGUUGGCGUAGUGCACUAUCACUGCUCUCAUUGAGUGCUCGAAACCAUGAGGUGUUCGAAGAAGGCGCCGACACACUGGUGGGGCUCAUGGAGGGAGGUGUGCAUAUCACCAAAGUGAACUUCCUCAUGUGUGUGGACACAGCCUUUGGGUUCGCCGCGUCCAAGUUGUGUCCUCCAGAGAAAAGCAUGAAACUCCUAGAUCUCAUGGCCGCAUCUGUGACCCCGCUUGUGGCCUGGGCCAGGGCCGGCUUCUCUGACCCUGGUAGCGGCAGUGGCACCGGAAGCAGUGCUAGCGGUGCCUCUGGUGACGAGGGGAUGGUGCGCGGUGGUGCAAUAGGCAUGUUCAUGAAACUCGCAGAUGCUCUGCGUAAAAUAACAUUAGUCAGACGUGAAGAAAUACGCAACCAUGCUGUCUCAACCCUAUGCCGUGCUAUCAUCGAAGCUGAUGAAGGCCUAUUUUUCAGCCCCCAAGCUUGCUUACAGUGCUUCAACACUGUGGUUUUCGCAAUGGUCGACGACUUGCUUGAAAAGGCCACAGAGAAGAAGUUUAUGGAGGGCACUGUGGAGAUGGCCAUGGAAGUUUUAGUCGAGGUUUUUCUGAGACUUGUAGAGAGAAUGGGAACUGUUAGUGGGUUUAGGACAUUUUGGCUUGGUGUUCUGAGGAGGAUGGACACUGGAAUGAAGGCUGAUGUUGGAGGAGGAAGUGUUAGAGAG